AUGAAGACCACAUUCGUUGUUGUUGCUGGUUUGGCAUCUGUCGCAUAUGCUCAGGUCACAGCUCUCAUCACCCCUACCGCAUCUGCUCCUGAUGGAUGUGCCACUAGCUAUUCUGGAGCUUUUCAGAUCUCUACUGUAAAUGUUAGCAGUGUAGCAAAGCGUCAGCAAAAGCGUGCCGACUGUUCAUCAUCUCUUGCCGUCACACUCAACGAUGGUAUUCUCAAGGACCAGCAGGAUAGGACGGGAUACAUUGCUUCAAACACUCAGUUCCAAUUCGAUGGCCCACCACAAACUGGAGCCAUUUAUACUGGUGGCUGGUCUGUUUGUUCAAAUGGUUCUCUCGCUCUUGGGGGUUCCGCUGUUUUCUACCAAUGCCUCUCAGGUACAUUCAAUAAUUUGUACACGGAAUCGCAGGGUGAACAAUGCUCCCAAAUUUUGAUCCAAACAUCUGCAUGCAGCCCAGCUGCUGGAUCUGGCGUCGUCGGACAAUCGACUGAUGGCCAAGCAACUGCCACUGCCAUCGCUUCUCUAUCCUCUGCAGCAGUUUCUCAAAUAUCAGAUGGGCAACCACAAGGUGCAACCUCCGCCUCUCCUAUCUCUCAGAUUAGUGACGGACAAAUUCAAGCCCCUACAUCUGCUGGUGGUGCGCCAAUCACUCAGAUUAGCGAUGGCCAGGUGCAAGGUGCUACCUCUGUUGCACCAUCUCCAACAGGUGCUCCUGUCAGUCAGAUUCCAGAUGGGCAAAUUCAAGGUGCAACAUCCGCUUCUGCCGCUCCUUCGGCGGAGAUCUCUCAGAUCCCCGAUGGUCAAGUCCAGGCUCCCACUAGUGCUGAAGUUCCUUCGGCCGUCGUCUCUCAAAUCCCCGAUGGUCAAAUCCAAGCUCCUUCGGCAGUAAUCUCUCAGAUUCCAGAUGGUCAAAUCCAAGCACCCACUAGUGCUGAAGCUCCUGCAGCAGUGAUCUCUCAGAUUCCCGAUGGUCAAAUCCAAGCUCCCACUAGUGCUGAAGCUCCUGCAGCAGUAAUCUCUCAGAUUCCCGAUGGUCAAAUCCAAGCUCCCACUAGUGCUGAAGCCCCUGCGGCAGUAAUCUCCCAGAUUCCAGAUGGACAAAUCCAAGCUCCCACUAGUGCUGAAGUUCCCACUAGUGUCGAAGUUCCCACUAGUGCUGAAGUUCCCACUAGUGUCGAAGUUCCCACUAGUGCUGAAGCUCCCACUAGUACUGAAGCUCCUGCGGCAGUGAUCUCCCAGAUUCCCGAUGGACAAAUCCAGGCGCCCACCAGUGCAGCCACACUCGAAACGAGCACCUCUCUUGCCGGUCCAGUCAUCUCUCAAAUCAGCGAUGGCCAGAUCCAGGCUCCCACCGCCACCCCAACUAAUGAUGCUUAUUCCAGCACAACAUCCGCCCCUGCUGAUUUUACUGGCGCUGCCAACGCUUACCAGGUCAGUGGCUCUUUGGCUGCGGCUGCCAUUGGUCUCUUUGCUGCUAUUUUGUAG